AUGACAGAAGUAAAAAAAGUUAAGCUAAAUAUAGAUGUGAUGGGAAUGAUGAAAGCAUGCGAAACUCUUGUUAAUGAGUGCAACAGUUAUUUCAAAUCUGGUAUUUCAAAUAACAGCAUGAUCCCAAUAGACCAUCUGUUUAAAGAUAAUAUAACGCUAGAAAGCGACUCAUAUAACGAUACAGAGAAGGAAAUGCUCUUAGGCGUGCUUAAAAAUAAUGCAUAUCAAUAUUUUUCGCACAAUGGGGGCGGUGUAGAUGUUCUAGCCGAGCUGAUCGAUGCACUGAAGAAUGGAAAGAAUGAAAAAAAUGAUGAAGUUUCAUCUAAAUCUAUCUCUCUGAUCAACCAGUUUAUAAAGCCAAAUUCGCUGAUAUACAGGCCAGAGCUUGGCAUUUAUAGACAGGUGAACAUGAAUGAAGCACCAGAAGAUAUAAAUCAGCCCAGUGGAAAUAUAGACCAUAUAGACCUAAGCGCCAGGACAUACACGCUAGAGAUUGAUGAUGCGAAGUUCUUGAGCUUGGCAGACAUGCUUGAUUACACUACAGAGAGCCGAAACAGAGAAUUUCUCAGCUACACUGCCUCUGUAAUGAAAUCAGAAUACAUAAAUAUAAAUAUUUUGAAAGGAUAUUUGCCAAAAAACGAAAAAUACUACACAUUGGACGAGCUGUACGACAAUAAACAUGACAAAACUAGUGAGGCACUGGUGGAUUACGGGCUCAAGCUUAUCCAAGAAAACUAUAAAGAAAUUAAAAGUCUAAUUAAAAUAAUUGAAGAGAAAAGUGAUGACUCCUUUAUUAGAGCGCUGCAAGAUAAAAAGUUUAAAAGUAUAUUCAGCGCUGAAGGAGACUUAAAAAUUGCUCUUUCUAUAGCCGAGAACAUAGGUAUGAUUUCAAACGAAAAAAACGCACACAAAUGCAUGGCCAGCGCAAUAGAAUACAUGGUAGACAACAAUGUUUCUCUCUUGAAAGAAAAAAAAGACGGGCCGAAUGUUCUGAUGAUAGAAAAUGAUCUGUCCAACAUUGCAAAAGACUACAUACAUGGGGAUAACCUUUUAGAGGGCAUGAUAGAUGCUAAAAAAACUGAGUUGGCUAAAACGAAAGGGGUUUUAAAAGACUCUGUUCAAGCAAUAGAGCAAGAAAAUAGCGAGGAAGGAGCUAACAAUGUAAAGAGUGUCUCUAACAAUCUGAAAAACCAAAUAUAUUCACUAGAGUGCGAUGAAAAAAAAGAAGAAACACAAUCUCGUAACAUUGGCGAGAAUAAGUCUUACUUUUUC